AUAGUGUGUGUUUUCUCCCAGUUGCGGGCUGUACGAGCGGCCGAAUAGAAGCAGUCGCUAGAUGGCAGUAGAGAGCCUUCCAGUGGGAGCGAACCUGCUGCGAGCAGACAAAAGAGGAGCCCGAAUAGUCAGCACAGAGCUAGUGGGCAUCACUUGGUGCUUGGGCGAGGGGACCGCUCCUGUCACUCCCUACACAGGGAUAAUAUAGCAGCCGCCGCCGAAGGAGGACACCGACGCGUUCCAAGCUUCUGAUUUAAGGAGCCGGCUGCCUGGCUCUGCGCUACAGCUUCUCGCCGGGAGCACGUACAGAGGGCAGCAGCUUCUCUCCCUAACAAUGACAGGGAUGGCAAUUUACUGGGUGACAGCAGCUUGCAUCCUGGGUGUUGGCUGCAGUGUGCUCGCCACUAAAGUGAACAAACACAAACCUUGGAUUGAGACUUCGUACCAUGGAGUCAUUACUGAAAACAAUGACACUGUGAUUCUAGAUCCACCUUUGGUUGCUCUGGAUAAAGAUGCCCCGGUUCCUUUUGCAGGGGAAAUAUGUGCAUUCAAAAUUCAUGGACAAGAUACUCCUUUUGAAGCUGUAGUGCUGAACAAGACAUCUGGAGAAGGGCGUCUCAGAGCAAAAGGACCAAUUGAUUGUGAAAUUCAGAAGGAGUACACCUUUAUUAUCCAGGCUUAUGACUGUGGUGCAGGUCAAGCUGGAACAAGCUGGAAAAAAUCUCACAAAGCUGUAGUUCAUAUACAAGUGAAUGACGUGAAUGAGUUUGCUCCGGUGUUUAAAGAGAAGAAGUACAGUGCCAUGGUGACGGAGGGGAAGAUCUAUGAUAGCAUCCUACAGGUGGAAGCAAUGGAUGAGGACUGCUCCCCCCAGUACAGUCAGAUCUGCAAUUAUGAAAUAGUAACAAGUGAUGUGCCAUUUGCUAUUGACAGAAACGGAAACAUAAGGAACACAGAGAAACUGAGCUAUGAUAAGCAACACCAGUAUGAAAUUAAAGUCACUGCCUAUGACUGCGGACAAAAGCAUGCCACGGAGGAUGUCACAGUUAUCGUGGACAUUAAGCCUGUCUGCAAACCUGGGUGGCAAGACUGGGAUAAACGCAUUGAAUACAACCCUGGUUCUGGGAGUAUUGCCUUGCUUCCUACUGUUAGGCUAGAAACUUGUGAUGGGCCUGUAUCCUUCAUCCGAACGAGUAUUGAGCUUCAGACAAAUCAUAUUGGGAAAGGCUGCGACCGUGAAACUUACUCUGAUGCAUCACUGAAGGCAUUAUGUGGAGCCUCUUCUGGUGCCAUUGACUUACUCCCAUCACCCAGUGCUUCAACUAACUGGACAGCUGGUCUUAUCAUGGACAACAGUGGUAUGAUCUUUAAAUUUGAUGGCAAGCAAGGAGUAAAGAUACCAGAUGCAAUUCUACCGAAGAAUCUAACUGACCAGUUCACGAUCACAAUGUGGAUGAAACAUGGUCCAAGUCCUGGAUUAAGAGCUGAAAAAGAGACCAUCCUGUGCAACUCUGAUAAAACAGAGAUGAACCGUCACCACUACGCUCUCUAUGUGCACAACUGCCGCCUUGUGUUCCUAUUGCGUCGAGACUUUGACCAAGCAGACACUUUCAGACCUGCAGAGUUCCACUGGAAACUGGAUCAGAUUUGUGACAAGGAAUGGCACUACUACAUAAUCAACAUAGCUUUCCCACUUGUUACCUUAUACAUGGAUGGAGCAACAUAUGAGCCAUACCUGGUAACCAAUGACUGGCCCAUUCAUCCUUCCCACAUUGCCAUGCAACUGACAGUUGGAGCUUGUUGGCAAGGUGGGGAAGUCACAAAGCCUAAAUUUGCUCAGUACUUUCAUGGAAGCAUUGCUGGUCUUAUGCUGCGUCCUGGCAAAAUUGAAAGCCAUAAAAUGAUUUCCUGCUUACAGGCCUGCAAAGAAGGACUGGAUAUCAAAUCCCUGGAGAAUCUGGGGCAAGGUGUAAAGUAUCACUUCAACCCUUCUCAAUCCGCUCUUGUAAUGGAAGGUGAAGACAUUGAAAGUAUAAAUCAAGCUCUCCGUACGGUCUCAUACAUCAACUCUCGCCAGUUCCCCACUGCUGGUAAAAGAAGACUGAAGGUGUCAUCCAAAGUCCAAUGCUUUGGAGAAGAUACUUGCAUCACGAUACCGGAUAUCGAAGCGUAUAUUAUGGUUGUCCAAGCGAAUGAACCUAAGAUAACAGUCACUGGAAUGGACCACUUUGCACGCCCAGCGUCAGAGUUUGAAAAUGCAAAUGGUGUUAUUUUAUUGCCAGACAUUCGAAUAACCAGCACAGUGACAAAGAUGGAGAAGAGACUGAGUAAGAAUGUUGGCAAAACUAAUGCCCCAGUAGUGGUGGAAGAAACUCUACAUCACUUGGACUUCUGUGAUGUUAUGGUCAGUGGGGAGGAGCUGGAUGUGAAAAAGGAGUGUUUAGAGCUGGACCGCACUGCUCUCCAAGGCAAACAUCUGGAGGCUACAAAUUCUACUAAGGGGUACUCAAUCUAUGGUGUGGGCACAAUGAAAAGCUAUGAGGAUGUUCUUCAGCAAAUACGCUACCGGCAUUGGGACUCUGCAUCAAUCUUUGGCAGGAAAUUUAAAGUCAAGUGCUCUGAAUUAAAUGGGCGUUAUACAAGUAAUGAGCUUAACCUUGAGGUUAAUAUACUGCACAAUUCAAAUUUUAUGGAUCAUGUAAAUCAUAUGAUGAUACAGCAAGAGUUUAUGCCAUCACUGCAACAUCCAAGCACUGAAUUAUCCAAGCAUGAAACACGUGUUUCUCCAGGCGCUACCACCAUUGUCUUAGUGGCCUGUGUCAGUAUUCUGGUUAUUAUUGUAGUUUUGGGCAUCUUCAGAUUGCGGGCCGUGCACCAGCAUGACUUCCAAGAAAAAGAGGCUGUAAAAGAUGAUGAACUAACUUGGGAUGACUCGGCUCUGACUAUCACAGUGAACCCAAUGGAGAAAUAUGAAACUCAUGGAACAAAUGAAGGUGAGAGUGAAGUAGAGGAGGAGGAGGAGGAAAUUGAAGAAGAGGAUGAUGAUGAGGAAGAGGAUGAGAGUACAAGUGGUGACUCUGAUGAAAGUGAUGAAGAAGAUAUGGAAACCCAAGCAAAGGCAAAGCAACACAAUGCAGCACGGAGAGGACACCUGGCAUGGAAUCACCUAACACUUACAUACUAAAAUUUUCUUCUUCCUUUUGUAAACACAAAUCUUAUUUAUUUCAGAGGCAAGUUAGUUAAAGACUCUGUUUAAGUGACAGGAUUAUCAUUGUGUGCGAAGACCUUUUUCUUAAAUGCUGGCAAGCAAUAGCUAUAUGUAUAGAUUGGCAGAGUACAUCAUUACUUUUGUAAACUAGAAGAGUUAAUUAUUAGUUAUAAGGCAGGGUGGAUAUACAUGAAAUUUCUUUGGUUCCAAAGAACCAAGACCUGAUACCCACGUACACUACAGCUGUCCCCAAACCAUCGGUGUUUGAUAAUAUAUGAUCCUGUUUGCUCUUGUUGAGUGUGCAUCUUACACAAAGGGGCUUAUCUGGCAAGUUAAGAAGCUAAAUUGAUGGACUUAAUGUCUUUUAAGAGCUGCAGUGACUUUCCGUGCCUGUAUCCCAUACGCAGCUCAAAUGUAUAACGGGGAAGCAGUUACCAGUUUGCUAUGCAUUGCACACUCGUCCAGAGACAAUGGUUUUACAUUUAUUGGAACGCAUUCAGCUUUAAUUAAAAUGUAAAAGGCGUGUGUGUGAGUGUGUGUGUAUAUAUAUGUAACAGGGGGUACGUAGCUGACUACGAUCUACUCCAAUUCUGUAAUACUGAUCAUAUAUAAAGGGCUGACAUUUUUAUGGAGCUUGACCAAAAGCUGCAUUUACGUUUCAAAGAACCAAUUUGUUUAAAAUAUACCAGAAAAGAAAAUCAGAUCCAAUGAAGUUGGUUUUAUUUCUGGGUUAUUUGAUGGACUAUGUUAAAAAAAAAUGCUAAAUCUCUAGUGGGGACAGCUCUUGAAAUAUAUGCCCACACACACACACACAUACAUUAUGUAAAAAAAAAAAAACAUACCCCCAUCCUGUCAAUUUAUCCUGUUAUGCUAUUUUUUCAUAAAGUAGAAAUAUUGAUUAAUGAAUUGUACCAAGUUAGACUACAGUAUGUGGCCCAUUCUUGAAAACAAUAUGAAUGCUCUUGGGCCUAUGGCACUCAGUUUUAUGAUCACCUUGGUCUUCUUGGGGAGAACUGGUAUCAAAUAAGGCUGUGAGCCACAGUCCUUACACAUGGAAUAAAAGAUAGGAUUCAAAA